CCAAGAGAAAGUUAUAAAUAGGUGGUGCUCAAGACCACUGUUCGAAUAGCUCCUCAGCAAACCCACCAGUUUAUCUACCCUGCUUAAAACCAUCAUCUUCGAACCAUGGCAUCUGCCCACCAGGACAACUUUACCAUUGACCCUUCCGUCCUCUACAAUGAGGCACCACUCGGAAACCACCACUCGGAACCAAUGAGAGGGACGAACAACCAAGAGCGUGAAGGACAGGAUGGAAAACAGGGUGAAAGAAAAGGUGAUGAGGAAUGUUGUCCGCCAAGCGUUGAGCCUAUCCGUAUGAUUAUUCGCGGCCAUAUCUUCAACCUCGACAAUGGGGUUCCUGAGCAUAUUCAGGACGAACUUUGGGCUCUCUUUGGCAAAAAGAAACUCACCUCCGAGAAAAUACCAGAACACCUCAAGGCCUACGGGUAUACCGCAGAGCAGUUCGAACAAUUCGCAAAGGAGGACGCCAAGUAUGGAAAAAUGGCUCUAGAAGGCUGAGAUACGGCUUAUCUGCUUUUUGUAUUGUGGCUUUUGUUAUUUUCUGAUUACUAGCUGG